AUGGCGCGUAAUAUUUUAAAAUUGGGUGCCUUAGAAGCUCAAAGGACAGCAUUCCUGCUGUGCGAUAUCCAAGAAACUUUCAGACCUCAUAUAAAACAUUUCGGAGAGGUUGUGAAAGUGGCUAACAAAAUGGUGGAAGCGGCCAAACACUUUAAUAUACCAGUAUAUGUGUCAGAACAAUACCCCAAAGGCUUAGGUCAUACUACAAAAGAUAUUAAAAUUGAUGAUGCAGCACUUGUGUUCGAGAAGACUAAGUUUUCUAUGUUCACGCCCGAAUUGCAGGAAAAAUUGAAAAAAGAUGUGCCCAAUUUAGGCUCAGUGGUGUUAUUUGGAAUUGAAGCCCACGUGUGUAUAGAACAAACGGUAAUUGAUUUAUUAAACGAAGAUAUAGCCGUACAUGUGUUAGCUGAUGGAGUAUCAUCUCGCUCACUGAUGGACAGAGGGCUUGCUUUACAACGUCUCCAAUCAAUAGGUUGUUUUGUGGGUACAUCAGAGAAUGUUUUAUUCAAAUUAUUGAAAGAUAAAAACCAUCCUGUAUUUAAACAAAUAUCCAAACUUAAUACAACGCCCGCAGCCGAUGAAUUUGGGAAG